GUCGGGGAGUAAAUCGGGCGCUGAGCCUACUCAAGAAUGUGCAGUUUUUUUCAGAGGGGCGGGGACAACAAGCUGCCUUUCCAUCCACACACACACACGGAGCGAAGCGGCGACCGAAGGCAGCCUCACGGCGCGCCUCUAAUUGAGUUAGUUAUAGGAGGACAGCGGUGAUCUCUCUGGAGUCUCCUGCGGCAAAACCAUCGGAUGUCUUGUUUUUAUUUUCUCCAUCGUAGGUGGUAGAUUCGGUGUGUGUGACCUAAAUCAUAUUCAACCUCGUCCGGGCUUACGCGGUCACUGGGACUCGAACUAGUGACCCAAAGGAAUAAAGUGCGGCUCUCUCUCAGCCAGGGAGGCGAAACCGCUGCAGCCUGCGCUCUCCCGUCGCGUGCGUCGUGCUCCGGAGCAGCUACCCCAGGAUGAGGCGAUGAGAAGCGGACGUUCUGGUUGGUCGCCUCCGUCCACCUCCAGCCUGCAUGAAACAAAGUCUGCUCUCCGCCGACAUAGACCUGCGCCGCGGCGCAGACCCCGGCGCGCUGUCACCGCUCCCCUUCCCUUUAUUUCACGCUGCAAAGGGGACAUUUCCGCUGCUAUAGGGUCACGGCGUCCAAGCCAAAGUCACCAUCAUGAGGACCACCGAGGAGACGGAGGGCUUUGACGGCGAGGCCUCCAACACGUCCAUGAUCUCCGGGGCCAGCAGCCCCUACCAGCCCACCACCGAGCCCGUCCUUUCGCGCAACGUUUUGGGGGCGAUGAGGUGCGACACGGAGUACCUCAGGUCCUACUUCGGGAUUUUAAAGGCGGCGGAAGUGAUCCUGUCGUUCAUCGGUUUCAUCUGCAUAGAGACCAUCAUGAUGUGUUCUCCCUGUGGAGGGGUCUACUUCUUUGAGUUCGUCAGCUGCAGUGCCUCCGUGGUGACGGGUGUCCUCCUCCUGAUCUUCUGCCUUAACCUCCACAUCAAGGUUCCCCAGAUCAACUGGAACCUCACGGACCUGGUCAACACGGCUGCCAGCACCUUUUUCUUCUUCCUCUCCUCCCUCGUUCUGGCCUGCAUCAACCACAACACUGGAGCUGAAAUAGCAGCACUAAUCUUCGGCUUCCUGGUGACAGGCGUGUACGGCCUGAACACCUUCCUGGCCGUGCGGAGGUGGCGCCGUGGCAACGGGUGUCAGGGCCCCGCGCAGACCAGCGAGUACAUACGAGCGCGCACGGCGUCCCGCGGGGAAAUGGAGGCCAGGCCCGAGCUGGCGUGAAGAGCCGGCGGAGGAGCUACGCGACCAGGCGGCUGACCGGGCCGGACGCGGUUCUGGCCUUCUGAACUUAGACCGGGCUUUGGACCUCCGCAGCUCUGAUGCCAAAUCCAAAUUACUUUCACUGCCAGAGAUGCACCGCGCAGCUCGGGAGUCAUUAAGAUUCCCUCUCGCAUAAAACACUUUGAGAUGAAAGGCUGGAUCAGAAUCGAACUUGUGAACCAAUGAGGAGACCAGCUUCCAUGUCAUGGAAGAAAAAAAAAAAAAGCCGUCUACACUCCAGAUGCACGUCGGCUCCGGCUCUGGAGGCCGUGGUGACAUUUGCAAAGGUUUUUGUCUUUCACUGUGAUACAAGUUGAUUUGUGUGCUUGCUUGGGACCCCCAGGUGUCUGUGAAGUAUGUGGUAAAAAAAAAAACAACAGCAACUAAAAAAAAGGGGGGCUGCACGGACGAGCAGCUCUGACUAUCGCCUGCGAUCAUCCCGCCGUCGUUCCAUCCUGCAGCCUUUUCUUCUUCUUGUGAAAAGCGCUGGCAGCAGAAAGUCAUCCCUGAUGAUUAGGACUGUUUUUCGUUUGGACUGGCCUCAUAAUAGCCUCUUAACAUGUAACGUGAAAGGGGUAAAACAUUAUGCUGCCAGCAGUCACACAGUAACAGGAGGAUUCUUCAAUGUGGUCAGGUUUUAAUAAUGAUUGGAAACAUUUGCUUUCCGGAGAAACGGAAUAUUAGAUUUGACUUGUUUUACCGAUCUUAGACAACCAAAACUUUAGAUCUUAACCUAAUCUUUGACCUCAGUUUACGUUUGUUGUUUUUAUUACGAACGUGCAUUAUGAAUAACUUGAUUCUCUUUACCCGGCACCCUAAAAAGUCUUCUGAUCCGAGAUGAAAUUAUCACAAUUGAUUUCCUUAGAAAAGAUGUUGUUUUAUCUGUCAACCACAAGCAAGGAUUGGAUGCUACGACAUAUCCAGGCCACAAAAUGAAUCCAAACUUUAGUUGGGUGGUUCAGAUCAGUCUCCCAAGGCUGUAAAAUGCAUCUCAGGUACAGACACCUCCCCCCCCCCUGUUUGAUCCUCAGAAAGCUUCUAAAUUGAAUCACAGGGUGCCUCGACCUGAACGCUGUGUCUCUCCUUGGUGCGCCUUGGUGGAAAGCUCAGGCACACUGAGCACUAGGCGGAGUUAAGGUUCUUAAAGUGUGUGUUCUUGUGUUCCUCUGGUAAUGAUGAAGAUCUGUCAGGAGAAGUAGUGUCAUCGUUGCCUUUUGAGGACGAAGGAAGUAUUUUUUUUAUUGAAUCGACGCCACACAUUUUUCCAAAAUGACUCAAUGGCUCCCUCUCCUGGCUCUGACCGGAACUGCUUCUGCUUUUACUGAAGCGAGACAACCUACAGGCCACGUUGAGAAAGAUCUGUGACGGAUUCUUUUGGACAUAGCCCUCCAAAGGAAGGACAAGGAUGGUGUGUGACUGUUAAUAAUUAAUUCAACAUAAAAUCAGAGGUGGCAUAAAUAAAUGUUUAAUGAUUUUUUUUUUUUUUUUGUCGUUUAAUUAACCUAAAAUAUUUGCUAUUUUUGACUUAGCUCGGUGACUUGUGUGAGAGACAAUCGUGUUUGUAUUUAUGUUUGUAACCUUCACUAAUGAAUUUACAUUCGAGUAACUCUAUCAACACAUGUACCACAAAAAAGUUAUACAAUCACAUUAUGCUAUUUAGUUACACAACUGGUCAUUUAUUUGUAUAUUAAACAGAAAAAAACAUCCUGA